UGGAUUGGGCUUUCGGGGGCGAACAUGUGGGCGUGGCUUAACUAGACCACACCCCCUCAAGUGGAGGUGUUGAAUAUUUGCAUAAGUGCUUUUAGUUUAGUGUCUCCCACGCACACACUCACACACACUCACACAUCCACGAAGGUAUGGAUGUUGUAAACUUUCUGGAGAAUGUGGAGCUAGUGAAAGCCUGGGAAGGAGGCCGCGAUAAUGGACGGAGCAACAAGUGGCGGGAGAAGUUCUGCUUCCCCAACAUCAGCCUCUGCCGCGACAUGGCUGCCAGCAUCGAGCGGGACUACACCGACCUGUGCGUGAAGCAGCCCAUCGGCAGGAAACUCUUCGAGCUCUUCUGUCAGACGCAGGUGGAGCUCCAGAACCACGUGGCCUUCCACCAUGAGCUGGAUCAGUUCGAGAAAGAGCAAGACGAGGAAAGACGCAUUUUUGGAGUCUACAUUAUUGAAUCCUUCUUCUCCGACCAGUCUUCAAGUCACAUCCCUGCCAUGUCCAAACACAAACAUAGAUGCAUGGAGUACCUGGCAUCGGAUCCUAACGUAGACUUCUUCCAACCCUGCCUGGAAGAAUCCCACGCGUACCUCAGCGGAGAACCUUUCCAGCAGUACCAGAGGAGCAUGUACUUUGACCGCUUCCUUCAGUGGAAGAUGCUGGAGAGGAGGCCCAUCAACAAGAACAUGUUUAGACAGUACCGGCUUCUAGGCAAAGGAGGCUUUGGAGAGGUGUGGGCGUGCAAGGUUUGGGACACAGGAAUGAUGUACGCCUGCAAGAAGAUAGAGAAGAAGCUCUUGAAGAAAAGGCGAUGCGAGGCAAUGGUGCUCAACGAGAAGGAGAUUCUUGAGAGUGUGAAGAGUCGCUUUAUGGUGAACUUGGCAUACGCCUACGAGACCAAGCACGCCCUGUGCCUGGUUAUGACCAUGAUGAGUGGCGGCGACUUGAAGUUCCAUAUUCACAAAAGAGGUGCAGCCGGGUUGUCUGCAGACCGAGUGUGCUUCUAUGCCGCAGAGGUCUGCUGUGGUCUCAUGCACUUGCACGCCAAUUCCAUCAUUUAUAGGGAUCUAAAACCAGAGAACAUCCUUCUGGACAAGGAUGGACACAUCAGAAUCUCCGACUUGGGCCUGGCUAUCAGGGUCGCUGAGGGUGCCCAGGCGAAAGGCCGCGUGGGAACUCUGGGUUACAUGGCUCCGGAGGUGAUCGUCCACAAGCACUACGGGAUGAGCGUCGACUGGUGGGGCUUGGGCUGUCUCAUCUACGAGAUGACGUCGGGACAGAAGCUCUUCCGGACGCGGGGCAGACGCAUAAGCAGGGAGGAGUUGGAGCACCAAAUCCAGAUGGAGCAGGAGGAGUACAGCGAACUGUUCAGCGAGGCGGCCAUGGACAUAUGCUCCCAGCUGCUCACCAAAGACCCAAAAAACAGGCUGGGCUGCAGAAGAGCAGGGGGGAGAGAAGUUCAGUCGCACCCUUUCUUUCAAGAAGUCAACUUCCGGAUGCUGGAGGCGGGGCUUGUGACGCCUCCAUUUAUACCUGACGCAAGUACUCAAGUCAAUUUGUUCAGAGUCAGACCUCAGUUAGGUGACAGUGGUGUAUGUGUGCAGCCCAGACUGGUGUACUGCAGCGACGUGCAGGACAUCGACGAUUUCCCCACCGUGAGGGGGGUCAGACUGGACAAUAAAGACUCAGACUUCUACGCCAGGUUCAACACGGGCAGCGUUCCUACAGCGUGGCAGAACGAGAUGAUCGAGACAGGGUGUUUCACUGAGCUGAAUGUUUUCGGCCCAGAUGGUGGUCGACCUCCAGACCUGAUUCCGAUUUCAGAGCCCACGUCCCCGACGAACCCGAUGUUCCUGACGAACCCGUCCCCGGCGUCCCCGACGUCCCGACUUCAUCACAUUUUUAAAAAAAAUUCUGCCGGCAGACGGCGAGGACACACUUAAGAGAACCCACCGCAACAAAAAAUAAUCAACACUUCUGUGAUGUGUGGCGGACGGCUACACACUGCGUGUUCUGUCACUUUUCUAUUUUUGUAUUGGAUGCCUCUCUUUCAGCCCGCAGCUGCAUUUACAGUUUUGUGAGUAAACCAUUUUAGGGAAGUCAAGAGUACAACAAAACUCCUUCAGCUUUAUGUGGUCGGCCUGGAAAAGGUGCGAGCUAAUUCUACUGGUAAACAAAAUGUAGCAUAUUUUUAUUUGCGUCCAUUAAAAAAAACACAGCGAGAAGAUGGCGGGAGCAGCAAGACAAACACGAAACACAACCCUAAGUGGACUGCAUGUUGACCACGAAUGCUAAGUCCAAUAGUUGAGGAAUGUUUUCUCAUGUCACGCUAAUUCAGUUUCUCCUUGAAUGUAUUGUAAAUAAAAAUGAACCAACUGAGUGUAAAUAUUUCUAAUAAAGUGAACUGCCUG